AUGUGGUUGACUCCGACUCACCGGAAGUACUUUUCUGCGUAUAAAUGGAAGCUAUUUCGCCGACCGACGAGUGACGACAGUAGAAUCACCAGCAAGAUGCUGAAAACUCUACUCGCGUGUCUCCUCGUUCCGACGCUCACCUCCGGAGGCCCCGGUAUUCCGACAGCCGUUGCCCGGCGAGCUCCGGCGGAUGGCGGGCGUGGAAAGUUCCACUACGGGGGCACCAUGAACUGCACGUGGAUAUCCCGGGAGGGCGCCGACGAGCGAGUCCGAGUCUCGGUCAAGUGCGAGGACCCGGUAGCGCGCGUUCGCGGCGGCGUGACCGACCGAGAGUGCCGCUACGAAGGCAGGCCGAGUCGCUGCCCGGCCUUCCGCGCCAACCCUCGGGGCUUCUGGAAGCAGGUGUCCCGCUCCUUUCGGCGGCUCGGAGCCGACGUGUGCUCGGACCAGAAGGCGCUGGUGAGGGCGCGGGCGUGCAAGGGAGCGCCCAGAGAGUCGCACUUUAAACUGGACAUCGGCAGCUCCGUAGUUUCCGCGCAGUCCGGGGGCGACGAGGAGGAAUACCGACCGCCACCGGCGUGGAACUUCACCGGCACGGCUGGCACGGCUUGCACGGAAGCGCAACGGAAGGCGGAGGAGCGCUGCGGCAGCUUCUGGGCCGGCUUGUGCACUUUUGUCCUGUCCGCUCUACAAACUGACUGUUAA